AGACAUCCAUUCCCUUCCCACUCGUCAGAAGCAUCCGCCGCCUACCUGCCAACCCCUAGAAUUCCGAAAAUGCCCCUGGACCCCGACUCCUCGCCGGCGCCGCCGCACCGGGACUGGUUCUUCCCGCCGGCGCCGCCCUUCCUCCCGUCCUCCAGAGCCCGAACGCCGAGGGCCCCCUUCCCCUCCACCUCCCGCUCCUCCAAUCCAUACUCCUUCCCGGACCGCCGGCCGCCUCCUACCCCGCGCUCCCGCUCCCGCUCCCCCCUCCCGCCGCCGGAGCAGCAGAAGCAGCAGCAGCCGCCCCCGACGACGCCUCCUCCCGCCCCGCGCCGUCGCGACCCCCGGUAUGCUGGCGUCCGCCGUGGCGAUGUCCGAACGCUCACCGCCGAGAAAGCGGCGGCGGCGGCGGCGGUUCCUACGGCCGCGCAGGUGCACGGGAGCAAGUCAGCGGCGUCGGCGACCACCCUCCGAUGGUCAGGGAUGGUAUCCGUGGCGGCUAUUGUGCUCUGCUUCUCUUCCCUUGUCCGCAGUAACUCCUCGCUACAUGAUCAGGUCCACCAUUUGAAGGCUCAGCUUGCGGAAGCUACUACAAAAUUGCAGUCUUGUAUUACAGAGUCCUCGAUGGAUAUGAGUAGCAUAUUAUCAUAUCAGAGCAAUAACAGUACUUCGCAGAACAGAGGUCUUAAGAAUUUCUCAUUGCUGCUCUCGCUUUCUACGCUGUACGCCCCAUUACUCAUUCUUAAGUACAUGGACCUUUUCUUAAAGCUGAGGAGUUCGCAAGACUCCGAAGAAGAAGUUCCCAUAAACAAGCGGUUGGCAUACCGAGUUGAUAUAUUUUUAUCACUUCAACCAUAUGCUAAACCCUUGGUUCUACUUGUUGCUACAUUGUUACUUAUUGGUCUUGGUGGCCUGGCUCUUUAUGGUGUAAAUGAUGAUAGCCUUUUAGAUUGCCUCUGGCUGUCCUGGACCUUUGUUGCUGAUUCGGGCAACCAUGCAAACGCAGAAGGCUUUGGACCAAAGUUAGUUUCAGUUUCAAUUAGUAUCGGUGGGAUGCUGGUUUUUGCCAUGAUGCUUGGGCUUGUAACAGAUUCGAUCUCUGAGAAGUUUGAUUCACUGAGGAAAGGAAGAAGUGAGGUCAUAGAGCAAAGCCACACGCUGGUCCUUGGGUGGAGUGACAAACUGGGAUCAUUGCUGAACCAAAUUGCUAUUGCUAAUGAAAGUUUGGGAGGAGGAACCAUUGUAGUGAUGGCUGAGAAAGACAAAGAGGAAAUGGAAGCAGACAUUGCUAAAAUGGAGUUUGACUUGAAAGGAACAGCUAUAAUUUGUAGAAGUGGAAGCCCUCUGAUUCUAGCUGACUUGAAAAAGGUCUCAGUUUCUAAAGCGCGUGCAAUUGUGGUUUUAGCUGAAGAAGGAAAUGCUGACCAGAGUGACGCACGCGCAUUGCGAACAGUCUUGAGUUUAACUGGGGUCAAAGAAGGGCUAAGAGGUCACAUAGUUGUUGAGCUUAGCGACCUUGACAAUGAGGUUCUAGUCAAACUUGUUGGUGGAGACCUUGUGGAAACUGUUGUUGCACAUGAUGUGAUAGGUCGUUUGAUGAUACAAUGUGCACGUCAGCCAGGCCUUGCUCAGAUAUGGGAAGAUAUCCUUGGCUUCGAAAACUGUGAGUUCUAUAUUAAAAGAUGGCCUCAGUUGGAUGGUAUGCAAUUUGAAGAUGUGCUCAUUAGCUUUCCUGAUGCCAUUCCAUGUGGCAUAAAGGUGGCAUCUUAUGGUGGCAAGAUUAUUUUAAAUCCGGAUGACUUUUAUGUCUUGCAAGAGGGUGAUGAGGUGCUAGUAAUUGCAGAAGAUGAUGACACAUAUGCCCCAGCGCCAUUACCCAAGGUUAAAGAAGCUGUUUACAUAGACAUUGUUCACCCCGAAAGAAAUCCUCAGAAGAUUCUUCUUUGUGGAUGGCGACGGGAUAUAGAUGAUAUGAUUGUGGUACUCGAUGCUUUUCUAGCGCCAGGGUCAGAGUUGUGGAUGUUCAAUGACGUUCCUGAGAUGGACAGAGAAAGAAAGCUGAUAGACGGAGGCCUGGACUUCAGUCGUCUAGAAAAUAUUACUUUGGUUCACCGUGAAGGAAAUGCUGUUAUUCGCCGUCACUUGGAGAGCCUCCCUUUAGAAUCAUUUGAUUCUAUACUGAUUCUGGCAGAUGAAUCUGUUGAGGAUUCAGCAAUCCAAGCUGAUUCAAGGUCGCUUGCAACACUACUGCUGAUCAGGGAUAUCCAGGCAAAGCGACUUCCAUUCAGGGAGGCGAUGGUUUCACAUGUUACUCGAGGAAGCUUCUGUGAAGGUUCUUGGAUUGGGGAGAUGCAACAAGCAUCUGAUAAAUCUGUCAUAAUCAGUGAGAUUCUGGAUCCUAGGACAAAAAAUUUAUUGUCAGUGUCAAAAAUCAGUGACUAUGUUCUAUCAAAUGAACUAGUGAGCAUGGCAUUGGCAAUGGUUGCUGAAGAUAGACAAAUAAAUGAUGUCUUGGAGGAGCUAUUUGCGGAGCAGGGGAACGAGAUGCAAAUACGACCAGCUGAUCUCUACCUUCGAGAAGAUGAGGAGUUAAAUUUCUUUGAGGUCAUGCUACGUGGUAGGCAGAGAAAAGAGAUUGUCAUUGGCUACCGUCUUGUGGAUGCUGAACGCGCCAUAAUCAAUCCACCAGACAAAGUUUCAAGGCGGAGAUGGUCGGCCAAAGAUGUUUUUGUUGUAAUUACCGAGAAAGAAUGAGUUACAUCAUUUAGCAAACCAUGAGAAAUCACCACUAGUAAGGCAAAAUUGACAGCAGUGCACGUAAGAGAUCAACACGAGCAGACGACUGUUGCAUUGCAGAAUUGACAUCCGGAAGAAGGCCAAGCACUAACUGCGUCAGCGCGAGAGAGCAAUGCAUAACCAGAUUUUGGGAUCAAUCUCGGGCUAUGACUUGCCAAUUGCAAUGUACAUAAGUGCGGAAUGAUCCAUGCCAUUGCGCAGAAAGGAUGAGAAGAGAAACACCAAGCACGAUUUGCUUAGAUCAGUUUUGUUUUUUUAGAGAGGGGCUUCGAUCCUGUUUAUUGUAUAGUAUUACAUCUUUUUUGUGUACUCUGUUAGAAACUUCCAAAUACUCCGUUGGCUCCGAUUGCUGUACACGCGAACAACAAAUUCGUAUCUUACACUAAUGUAUGACAAAAGAUGGCAAAGUAACCUGGUACAAUUGGUCA